AUGGAGAAAACUGGUGGUGAAUUAAGUAAGGUUAGUGUUUGUUUAUCACCUGUUUUAUUUUAUCAAUAUGCAGAGCAGUUGGAUAGUGAUUGUAUAGUUGUGGUGAUCGAUGUACUCAGGGCAACGACAACUAUUGCAAGUGCACUCAACAAUGGUGCCAGCGGUGUAAAAGCAGUGUCUGAGGUAUCGGAGUGCAUCGAAGUCGCCGCUCAGCUCAACGGUGUUGCCGGUGGCGAAAGAGAGGGAAAGGUAGCACCCGGUCUGGAACAUGGUAAUUCACCACUGGAAUACACCAGAGAGUUGCUAGGUGGACGUCCACUCGUGCUGACAACCACCAACGGCACACGUCUUCUCAACCUAGCACAGAAACAUUCACCAAAGCAAAUCAUCACCGGUGCCUUUGUCAACCUGGAUGCAGUGGUCACUCACAUCCGCGCAGAAAAGAAACUCUCGGAAUCCAAUCGAUUGAAUGUCGUUCUAGCAUGUGCAGGUUGGAGAGAUUCCGUUUGUCUUGAAGACUCUAUGUUUGCUGGUGCAGUAGUGUCGAGACUGAGAGAAACCGGUGACUUUCAAAUUCAAUGUGAUUCCGCACAGACCGUUGAGUCACUCUACAACAGCGCUAAAUCCGACCUCUAUGAGAAUCUCAAAUCGGCAUCACACUUCCAAAGACUAGCGAAACUCAAUCUUUUCGACGACCUCAGAUUCUGUCUUACUCCAAGCACAAUCAAUCUAGUUCCAUUGUUCAACGUUGACACUGGAUUAUUAAUUUCAAAAGUACUGUAA